AUGACUUUAGAUGCUGCCGAGCAUCCACUGCAGGACAUCCCUGUUCCUUUUCAGUACCAACUACGAGAAUCUAACAAUGAGUUAGUGGCAGACAAGGACAUGGACCUUCUACUAAGUAACGAGGUAAAUCAGAGCAACAAGAAACGAAAAGGUGACAGUGAGAGAGACAUUUGUUUUGGCCAUAAGCGAUUUAGAAACAACGGGAAGACUUGCCCGGAUGAAGAGUUAGUAAGAACUCCAAGCGUGGAACCGUCGCUAAAAUUCAGUCUGGGCGAAGAAGACAACGUUGCUCGAGACCCCAACUCACAACUGCCUUCACAAAGUCUUGGCGGUAAUGCGACAGAUGUUUCCCCGGUUUCGGUAGCGCCUGCCACGAUCAAUAAUAAUAGCACUCUUGCCGCUGCUCAAAGUGAGGAUGGUCUUCCUCUGUCGCCUGUGGCGUCACCUAGUAAUACGUCUUCUGCAGAAGACCUCUACACUUUGCACAAGACUAUGUCAAAACAAGAAUAUUUGAACACGGUGGCUGCUACGGCUCACGCACAACUGUCGCCACCUGCGUAUCGAAAUUUAGUAUUUCAACUCAUCAGUAAACUUAACCGAAGCGAACUAUCAGACCUUGGCACUCUGGUGAAGGAUAAUCUUAAAAGAGAUUUUAUUAGCUCCUUACCCCUGGAGGUUGCCAUGAACAUAUUGACGAACUUGAAAUUUGAAGACAUCUCACGGUGCUUAGCGGUCAACAAGACUUGGAAUAGCUUGAUAAAAAAUACCCCGUAUCUGUGGCGCAAGCUUAUGGUUAGUGAAGGGUUUUUGUCGCUUGAAGAGUUCAGAAAACAGUGUCAGGAGAUGCCUAGCGUAUUACAAACAGAUCCUAGAGCCGAAGACGCAGUUCGCGAAAAGUUCCUACUAAACCAAGCAUAUUUGAACAACUGCUAUAGCGGAACUUUCAAACCGCAUAGAACCACCCUUCGGGGUCAUUCAGUCAAGAUUGUAACAUGCUUGCAAUUUGAGGACGACUAUGUAAUCACUGGUGCCGACGACAAAGUAAUAAGAGUUUACGAUGCCAAGAACGAACGUUUCAUUACACAGCUCAGUGGGCACGAUGGGGGUGUUUGGGCACUCAAGUAUGGCCAGGAUGGGAUCCUGGUUAGUGGGUCCACCGAUCGCAGUGUCCGAGUUUGGAACAUCAAAAAUGGCAAAUGCACACAUGUUUUCAAGGGCCAUACUUCUACAGUGAGGUGUCUGGACAUUGUCGAGCAUAACGGCGAGAAAUUCAUAAUAACAGGUUCGAGAGACCACACGCUUCACGUGUGGAAACUGCCGAAUUGUCAUGGCCCCAACUACAACCCCGAGGUGUGUGAAGUUUUCAGCACCACUGAUUCAAAUCCUUAUUUCGUGGGCAUUUUACGUGGCCACAUGGCAGCCGUACGCACCGUUUCAGGCCACGGAAAUAUCGUAAUUAGCGGGUCCUACGAUUUUAACCUCAUGGUAUGGGACAUUGCUCAAAUGAAGUGCCUGUAUGUUCUGACUGGACAUACGGAUCGUAUUUACUCCACGAUUUACGACUACGAGAGGCACCGGUGCAUAUCUGCUGGAAUGGACUCCACCGUGAAAGUCUGGAACCUGGAAGAUGUUCAGAAAAACGGUCACUGUAGCACCAUAAGCUCCUCGAACAGUGCUUGCAUAAAGGUGACUGGUUCAAUGCUUACGCUGCAGGGGCAUACAGCCCUUGUUGGUCUCCUAGGUCUUUCUGACAAGUACCUAGUGAGCGCUGGAGCUGACGGAGUGCUACGCGGUUGGGAUUCAAAAACAUAUUCCCGCCAGUUUGCGUACCAAUCCAAGGAUCUGAGUGCCAUCACGACUUUCUACGCUAACGAUAAUUUACUUGUGAGCGGAUCUGAGGGUCAAUUUAACGUCUACAACCUCAGAAGCGGCAAGCCUAUACAUUCUGACCUGCUGAGUGAUGCAGAUCAAGUGUGGUCAGUCAAAUUCAACAACAGAAAGUUUGUCGCUGCCAUUGAGAGAGAUGGCCACAGCUAUGUCGAGUUUUUAGACUUUGGGAGGCCAAAAAAGCAAACUGAAGCAAUUCAGAACAGCGAAGUGUCACAAAAUUCUGCAUCCGGAAGCAACCCCGCAAGGUUCAUGGGGGAGGAGCUGUAG